AUGUCGUCCGUCAAGAAGUCGGACUCACCAGUUGCGAUCCCUCAUGAUGGGCAGCCAACUCCAGUACCACCAGAGAAGCCUGCCAUGUCCGCUUCACCACCUCGUAUACUCAUCAUCGGUGCUGGUUCUCGCGGCCAGGCCUACGCUCGUGCGACCGAGACCUCCAGCAACGGUAUCGUUGCCGCUGUAGCUGAACCCAUUGCCUAUAAGCGGCAGACCUUCGGCCGAACCUACAUCUGGGGUUCCGACAAUCCACAGGAAGGACAACAGUUUUCCGACUGGACCGAGUUUAUUGCCUACGAAACAAGCCGUCGCGAGCGAGAGGCCGCCGGUGAAGAUGUGCCGCCUGGCGUCGAUGCCGCUUUCAUAUGUGUUCUUGACGAAAUGCACCGCGAUGUCGUCGUCGGACUUGCCCCCUUGGGCCUGCAUGUCAUGUGCGAGAAGCCUCUGGCGACAUCCCUCGCCGAUUGUCUCGACAUGUUCGAUGCUCUCAAGCCACCUGCCGGCCAGGAGCCUAAGAACGUCUUCUCGAUUGGUCAUGUUCUUCGUUACAGCCCUCACAAUAUGCUUCUUCGCAAACUCCUUCUCGAGGACUGUGUCAUUGGCGAUAUUAUCAAAAUCGUGCACACCGAACCAGUGGGCUGGUGGCACUUUACACACUCUUAUGUGCGCGGCAACUGGCGAAAUGAAAAAACGACGGCACCGAGCCUUCUGACCAAGAGCUGUCAUGACAUUGAUCUGCUUCUCUGGCUUCUCAGUGCUCCUGUCAAAGCCGGGCAGGGUACCCCCCAUCUUCCAUCCACCGUAUCGUCUACUGGCUCCCUGCAACUAUUUAGGAAAGCCCGAAAACCCGCCGCGGCAGGGAACGCAACGAACUGUUUGACUUGUCCGCUGGGUGAGGAAGGAUGCAAGUACUCGGCUAAGAAUGUUUACCUUGGCCCAGACCUUCACGGCCUCGGUUCUGGGAAUACCGAUUGGCCGGUCAGCAUCGUGCUUCCGGAGAUUGAGGAUUUCCCUACGGCACUUGAACGAAACAAAGCCCUGGCUGCCAAACUUGCCGAAGACUACGAUGAGACCACCCCCAAGGACGUAGUAGCUUCGCGAAAUUGGUUCGGACGCUGUGUGUUUGAAGCGGAUAACAAUGUUUGCGACGAUCAGACUGUGACCAUCACCUGGGACGAUGCCACUACGACAGAUUCGGAAGCCCCCAAGCAGGCCAAAUCUGCCACGCUACACAUGGUCGCGCACACGAAGAAGAUAUGCGAGAGGUAUACGCACAUAUACGGCGUCGAUGGCGAAGUAUACGCCGACGCUCGUACAAUCACCAUUGAUGACUUCAAUACGGGCGCCACUCAAUCAUAUCAUCCAACCAUCGAAGACGCCGGCCAUGGGGGUGGCGAUAAGGGCCUUGCGCGGCAGUUCAUCCUGGCGGUUGAUCGGGUCAAGAACCACGGCUGGACUGCAGAGAGGGCUCAAAACGAAUUCAUCGGUUGUUCUCUCGAAGAAGUCAUUCGGUCGCACGCCAUGGUGUUUGCAGCAGAAGAGGCGAGAACGGCGAAAAAGGUUGUCGGCUGGGAGGAAUGGUGGUCAGGAAAUGUCACCAACCAAGGCAGCGGUUGA